CCCUUGGAAAGGUCGGGGUGAGUGUCGCUCCUGCUCAAACCGUAUAUCCACCUGAGCAUAUUCACAUUCAGGUGGGAUUUCACCCUCCAGCUAGGUAGGUACAGUUGGAGCUCGUCACCCGGCCAAAACCUAUCAAGGAAGGGAGCUGUCGCAGUGAAACGAUUCCAAUUCCAAGCACGCCUCGCCUGGUGAAUCCUCGAGCUUUCCGCAUUCUUCUCGUUCCCUUUCACCUGCUUCUAGAUGGAGAGGUCAUCAACCGACUCGUUGGUGACUCUUCUUCUUUUUCUCCUCCUUUAUCUCAUACGGGCACUUCACCGCAUAUCCCUGAAUGCCUCGCCUUUCCUCAUUCGUACAUGUUCCGUUGUCAGACCAACAUGCCGUCGGCUGAGAAGAAACAUGGCCAGCUGCGCUCGCCCGACACCUCAGAGGCGACACCAGACCGUCUUCGACGCGGUUCGUUGCGCCGUUUGGGAUCCAUGGCCACCUUUCAGAGCCUCAAUCCCUUCAAUCGUCGUCGAUCCAACAACACAAUCUGCAGCAACACAGCCUCGGAGGAGAACGUCCCCAGUCCGCGGUCACUAGCAGCCCAGACUUCACAGACUGACCUCUAUGAUGAUCCGACUUCGCCCUUGGCCAACAUGUCUCGCGUCGAUAGUGCGACUGCCGACUUUCCGCCUCCAUCGCAGCCUCCUCAAUCGAAACGCUACAGCUAUGUCCCGUUGAAUGACGGCCAGACCGCCACCAGCUCGUUGCCUCGAAGCAGGACGUUCAGCAACCUCCCUCUUCCCACCCGGUUGCGUCAACCGAGUCAGACUUUGGCCCCGAGCAAAUCAUACAUUCGCUUUCCGUCUGGGCUAGCGACGAGUGGGAGUCACGGUCCUUCGAGAUACAAAAUCUAUAGGAACAAGACAGGCAGCAAUCAAUUCAAGAAGCUGGAGAGUGAUUCCCGGCCUCAUCCUCGAAACGACUCCCGUGACGGCUCGUCUGAGACGUGUCAACCUCUGCUCAAUGAAUCAGAGUCCCCUUCAAAGCCAAGCUUGGUCGGCCGCGAUGCUGAGAAAACAUCCGCUCCCUAUCAUGGCGAGACGCUGAAACAUCUCUGCAGCAGCAGUCCCAUCAAGAUCAGCGUAGCAAAUCAGCAGUCGCUCGCACCACCGCAAUCCAUACAGCGAUGGAAUUCGCAGCCGGUCCUGACACAUCGAUCUAGCUUUCGACCUGCCCACGAACAGAUCAAAGAGACGAGAUUGAUCUCCACGCGUGGGCCUCCUACACCUCCACCUUCACUUCAGAUCCUUACAGGUUCCAAAGCUGGGAUUUAUCGACACUCUGCCGGAGAUUUGCAGAUCAGUAAAGACCCACGAUAUGAUCUCGGAUCACCGAAUGGCUCAUCGAAGGUCGACUCACGACUGUCAUCGCCAGGAGUGAACCCCCGAGUUAUAACCACCGCCCAACCGAGCACAUACUGGACCGGCCGCUUCUCCGCCAUCAAUGACCGCCUCAGCAACGACGUCGUGCAAGCCCACUUCACACCGGGAUCCCCGACGCCGUCAUCGUCGUCCCCGCCCCGGACCGACUCGGACACCUUGCACACCGCCGAAGCCGUCCUCGCGCGCAUGCGGCUCGCCCUCGAGGCCCUCCACGACCUCUGCGCCACCGACGACGCCCGCCGCAGCUUCCUCGUCUGGCAGGUCCAGCUGGCACAUGUGUUGCAGAUGCCGGAACUGUCUCGUCCCGUGAAACCCCAGGAGCGUUUCGGACUUGUGGUGAGCGAGGACGCAAUAUUUGCGAUGGACUUUCGUCGAUCGGGGACAAUGAUGAGGAGCCCGCGCAUCGGGUUAUUCCUCUGCUGAUAUGCAGGUGGGAACCA